UCUGGAAGCCACCCUAAUAUUGUUCCAUUGUUCUUCAGUCUUAACUCAGCUAGAAACCCAAUACCACCUUCCCCAACCAUUUGAUGGCGUUCGUUCAUUAUUUAGUUGCAGUCCCCGUCGAACCCUCUCCCAAGUGCCCAAAACCCUCGACACCGAACCCAUCCUUGUCGAUUUCGUCAGAGUGUUUAAAUUUGUCUUCUUCUCCCCCUUUCCGACCCCAUAAACACUCAGCAUUUGCCAGGUUCCGCAGGAUCGGUCAAAAAGUUAAGGUUAAAGCGCAAGAACCCGAAGUGAGUGUGACGAGUGAAGCCUUUACGCAGUUCAAGCAUUUGCUGUUGCCAAUUACGGAUAGGAAUCCGUAUCUCUCAGAGGGAACGAAGCAAGCUAUUGCAACCACCACUGCUUUAGCCCAAAAGUACGGAGCUGACAUUACAGUUGUAGUUAUUGAUGAACAACAGAGGGAGUCAUUGCCUGAGCAUGAGACCCAAUUAUCCAGCAUCCGUUGGCAUCUAUCUGAAGGUGGAUUGAAGGACUAUAAUCUGCUAGAGAGGCUUGGUGAAGGGAACAAGCCAACAGCAAUUAUUGGUGAUGUUGCUGAUGACCUCAAUUUGGAUUUGGUAGUUAUUAGCAUGGAAGCAAUUCAUACAAAGCAUAUAGAUGCAAAUUUGCUUGCCGAGUUCAUUCCCUGCCCUGUCAUGCUUUUGCCAUUGUAGUUUGCAUUGUUUUAUUUUGAACAUAGGCAAUGGAUUUUGUUUCAUCCGUUAUGUCUUCUCUGCUGCAAUUUGAUAUUCCAUCAUGUUGUUUAGCAUUUGCUACUCCAGUGUCAGGGAUAUUCUGUUAAUGUGUAUAACUGUACCUGACUAAGAUGGGAUAUGUAAAUAUGUAUGCUGAAGCAUGAAGCAUGACAAGUUUUUAAGCGUGGAAAGGAACCAUGUUAAGAUUUUUCUUUUGGGGACAAAUUUUGCAAAAAUGAUAAAAAUGUGAGGAAUUUGGACCCUUUCAUCUGAGCUUUUCAUACGAGGACAGUUACUGCUACCAAGCAAUGUGCGUCUCCUAUUUUGUGUAUAUAUCUCUCUGCUCAACGUUAUCAUUUGAAAAACUCACAUUGCUUUGGCUAUUGACCUGCAAUGUUCUCUCUUGAACAAGAUUCAUAAAUAUCAAUUUCAGUAUCACUUAUAAUGAUUCUGAAUUCUGGUUCUG